GGUGUGAAAUGAAGGACUGUGAAAUUUGGCGGUUGUACCACUAAUAUCUGCUACACACUUUCGAGACUCCCGAAAUGGGUUUUAGGCUAUCCUUGAGGUUCUGUACUUUCUCCAGCUUCGUAUGUACCUUAAUCACAUUGAUAUUCCUGUCACAGGCGGAAUUGCUGGACAAGCGCAUCUUCUCCAUCUUUCAUCGCGAUUCGGAUUCUGGAUCUGCCACUUGCAAUGGACAGAAAAGCAACGUCAGCUGCCCUAUGAGCGAACUUCCCUCACAAUUCGCAGCCUACCGCCGUUUCCUGAUGUUCCAAUGUGUGCUAGUCCUCAUCGGAUUAUUGGCGUUCACCAUCGUAAGGGAACGACAAAACCUCUUGGACAAAAAAUUAACACAGAAAGUCAACCGCCAAAUUGCAGCCGGUGUAUAACAUCUAAGUCUGUACAGUGACCCUAUGUGCUGAGGAUGUUACGAUGACGAUGGUUCCACUGCAACAGCAUCGGCCAUUCUAUCUGAUGUGUCCUCUCAACUAUCCGAUGCCUUUCCUUUGAGUGCUCAUAUAAUUCACCUAAGAAACUUGCUGUGAUGCUUUUGUAACCGUUAUGUAUCACUCUAUUUAAUGCUAAUUAAAUACAGCUGCUUAAGGCUA